AUGGCGGGGGAGUUGGGUCAGCAGACAGUGGAGCUGGGGACUGUGGCGCGGCAGGCGGCGGAGGAGUCCUACCUGGCGCUGCGGGAGCUCGUGGAGAAGUCGCGGGCGGGCGCCGAGGGGGAGGCAGCGCAGCAGAGGUCGGAUACUGAGAAGAAGAUCGACCUGCUCAAAUUCAUCGACCGCACCCGCCAGCGCAUGCUCCGGCUCCAUGUCCUCGCCAAGUGGUGCCAGCAGGUGCCCUUGCUUCAUUACUGCCAGCAACUUGCGUCAACUCUCUCCAGCCAUGAAACUUGCUUCACCCAAACAGGCGAUUCACUGUUCUUUAUGCAUGAAGGAUUGCAGCAAGCUCGUGCUCCCAUUUUUGAUGUUUCAUCUGCGAUAGAAGUCAUACAUACAGGGAGCUAUAGGAGAUUGCCUAAAUCUGUAGAGGAAAUAGGUACUCAGAAUACACUUUUUCAAGAUGAGCGGAGGCCUACAUUGAAGAAAUUAAGCACCCUUGUGCGGGCAAAAUUACUUGAAACCCUAGUUCCUAAAGAAAUGUCUGAGGUUUCGGUGACUGAUGGAAUAGCCAAUGUACAGGUAGAUGGCGAAUUCAAAGUACUCCUUACGUUAGGUUACCGUGGGCACUUCUCGCUGUGGAGGAUUUUGCAUAUUGAGUUACUUGUUGGUGAGAAGACCGGGCCUAUUAAGCUUGAAGAGACAAGAAGGUAUGUUCUGGGUGAUGACAUCGAACGGAGAAUGGCUGUGGCUGACAAUCCCCUCACAAUUUUGUAUACAAUUCUCCAUGAGCUAUGCAUCUCUUUUGUUAUGGAUACCGUAAUUAGACAGACUAAUGUUCUACGACAAGGUAGAUGGAAAGAGGCAAUAAAAUCUGAACUUGUCUCGGAUAGUCAUAGAAGUGCAGGACAAGGUGGGAAUAAUGCUCCAACGCAGCUUGGUCAAGAUGGAGAGCUCGAUUCAAGUGGGUUCAGGAUACCUGGUUUGAAAGUAAAUUAUUGGCUGGAUGAAAGAAACAGUGGGUCAGCAGAAUCUGAUUCAUCUCCAUUUAUUAAAGUUGAGGCACUGCAAGAUAUGCAGAUAAAGUGUCAGCACAGUUCAUUUGUAUUGGAUCCACUUACAGAUAAAGAAGCUGAUCUUUCUCUUGAUCUGAGUUGCAUUGAUGUUGAGGCAAUCAUUUUGAAAGCAAUUGCUUGCAAUAGACACACACGUCUUCUGGAAAUUCAGAGGGAGUUGAAAAAAAAUACUCGGAUUUCUCGAUCUCCAACUGAUGUCGUCCUGAAACGGAAAGAAGAUCAUAUGGACGUCCUGCAAAAGAGAGUGGAUAGAAGGGGCUUCGAGAAUUGUUGUACAAAUGAAGUGCUUCAGGUUAGGGCAUAUGGAAAAUCGUAUAUUCACCUGGGAAUAAAUAUCAGGAGUGGUGGCUUCCUCCUGCAAUCACCAAAAAAUAUAUUACCACCUUCUGCAGUAUUAGACUCUGAAGAAGCCCUUAAUAAACAGAGCAUAACACCCACUGAGGUCUUCGUGAGCUUAAAGACCAGAAGCAUCCUUCACUUGUUUGCUGCGACAGGAAGGUUUUUGGGCCUGAAGGUUUACUCUGAGUGUCAGAUUACUCUGAAGAUACCAAAAUCCAUACUGUAUGGUUCAGAUUUUAUGGUUAUGGGAUUUCCUUGGCGUACAAAUGCCUAUUAUCUUCUGAUGCAACUUGAUGACAACCUCAUGCCGGUUUUUUAUUUGCUUGAGGUGCAUACUGACGGAGAAGACAGGUCUAAUAUUGAUACAACCACUGAUGCUAAAGAAGUUGUAAGGUUUAACAGAAUUGACAUUGGCCAGAUGCAACUAGGUGAAGAUGAAUGCAUUGCAAAUCUUCUCGAUGUAGAGAAAUUGCAGGUGCUACAAAGCAUGGAAGAUGGGUCUCCCAGGCAUAGUGAAAUUGAUGAGUCUCUUCUUCUAAAGCCUUCAUUUUCUUCUGUUGUUAACACAGUAUUAGGAUAUGAGCAAGAUUCUCCAAGUAAGGAAAAUUGGCUGUCUUAUAGUUCGCCCUCAACUCAUUUGAGUUCUCAAAAAGUUGGCCGUCAGGGGGUUAGCAGUAGAGCUGGCCCACCUGAACUGGAUGAUGACUUACUACACUCUAACAUUGACACAGCAAAAGUCGCUUCUGGUGUCACUUUGGACAGUUAUCUGCUGAGUAAUUCGAAGUCUGCAUAUAGUACAGAGACCUCCGGUUUGGUCCCUGCAGGUUUUGAGAAUAUCUCCACUUUACGCUCUGAAGUUCCAUCUGGAAAGAGAUAUCUUUCAGAGUUCUUGUUGAACAUCCCAUCAUUACAGCGAUCAAUAAUCAGUGGUGGGCCAAGAAAGAGAAGAAAACUGCCAGAAGUUGCAAGCAGUGUGCAAUCUCGAACAACCCUCACCUAUGGAACUAUACUGAGAGAAGGAAAUUGUUGUAUUACAGAAAAUAUAUAUGCUUCUGUGCUUCUUCAAGUCAUAAAGCAUUGUUCGCUUCGUAUCAAAUAUGCUCAACUGACUACCCAGAUGAAUUCUCUUAACAUUCCAUAUGUAGAAGAAGUUGGUCUGGGGACACCCUCCUCUAAUCUUUGGUUACGGCUACCUUUUGCUCAAGAUGGUUCUUGGAAACACACAUGCUUACGUCUCGGUGAAGCUGGAAGCAUGUCAUGGGGUGUUAGGAUCAACGAUCCAUAUUAUGGUGCACUGUGGGAACUUCAUGGAGGCAGCAAUACUACAGAAUGGGGUUCUCGUGUUCGCAUUGCAAACACUUCUGAGAUGGAUUCACACAUCUCUUUUGACUAUGAUGGGAUCACUUUGACUUACAACUCUGUUGAGGCUGAUAGUAUACAGCGGCUUGUCUCAGAAUUACGGCGACUUUCAAAUGCUCGUGUAUUUGCUUGUGGAAUGCGGAGGUUGGUUCGUGUUAAAGUAGAUGAGAAAUUAGUUGAGAAUCAGUUAGCUACAAAGGCAAAGUUACAUGCAAGAAAAGGUUUCAGGAACAGGUUAUCGGACCAGAUGGCUAAAAAUUUCCGAAUUAACGCUGUUGGUUUGAUGAACUUGUGGUUCAGUUAUGGUGCCAAUGCCAUGCCCAUGGUUCACUUUGUUGUCGAGUGGGAGGCCGGUAAGGUUGGUUGCACAAUGCGUAUUUCACCAGAUCAUCUUUGGCCACAUACAAAGUUUUUGGAGGAUUUUGUGAAUUGCAAUGAGGUAGCAUCAUUUUUGGAUUGCAUCAGACUGACAGCAGGUCCUUUACUUUCCCUUGGUGGUGCAAUUCGUCCUGCAAAGAUGCCUGCUGUCCCUGCUGUUUGCGGUUCUGCACAAAAGCAAAACAAUGUUCUUUUGGCAAAUGGUUCAUCAUCAACUACUGUGCAUAUAAACAGUCAUGAUGCUCAGACUUCCUCUAUGCUCUCUGCCGUAGGCCGGACAGGGCAUGGACUAGUUCCUAGUUCUUUGAUGCCUUUUGAUGUUUCUGCUGUGCUCCGUGGGCCGUACUGGAUACGCAUUAUAUAUCGCAAUAAGUUCUCUGUUGACAUGCGCUGCUUUGCUGGGGAUCAGGUCUGGCUGCAGCCAGCAACCCCUCCAAAAGGCGGACCUUCAAUUGGUGGAUCUUUACCUUGUCCACAAUUUCGACCAUUCAUAAUGGAACUUGUUGCUCAGGGUCUAAAUACUCUUGAGCCGAGCUUUCUGAAUGCUAGACAUACUAGUGCCAAUACUUCAUCUGGAAGUCAACAUGCAGUUACUACUACGAAUCGCUUGAGUGGUGGUGCUCCUGGGGAAAUUAAGCUAACUUCAGGUGUUGGUUGUCAGAUAGCAGCUAGUGUGAGUAGAGCAGGCAAUGCCACACUACCUUCAGGAGACGGAGCUCCUGCACACCUUUCUCCUGACACUAACCUUCCUGUGCAUAUGAAAGGAGAAUUGAACACAGCUUUUAUCGGGCUUGGAGAUGAUGGUGGCUAUGGUGGUGGCUGGGUCCCUCAUGCUGCUCUUAAGAAGGUGUUGCGAGGCAUUCUCAAGUACCUUGGAGUUCUAUGGUUGUUUGCACAAUUGCGUGAUAUUCUGAAAGAUAUAUUGGGGUCAGUUUUGAAAGAUAAUGAAGGUGCACUUCUGAAUUUGGAUCAAGAACAGCCAGCGUUGCGCUUCUUUGUGGGUGGUUAUGUCUUUGCAGUUAGUGUUCAGCGAGUUCAAUUGCACCUUCAAGUUCUUAAUGUGAAGAGGUUUCACCACCAGCAACAGCAACAGCAACAGCAAGCUCCUCAGAGCAGUGCUCAGGGAGAGCUAACACCAUUUGAGAUACAUGAGAUAUGCGAUUACUUCAGCAGAUGUGUUGUCUGUGAACCUUAUGAUGCUUCUAGGAUUGCUUCUUUUAUCAUGUUGCUUACUCUGCCCAUUUCAGUUAUACAAGAAUUUGUAAAACUAAUUACAUGGAAUAAAAGCUUGUCCGAGGCUCAUGGGGACAUUGCUGCUGCAGAGCGGGCACGGGCUGAACUUUGUUUGGAAAAGCAUCCAAGAUCAGUUUCAGAUGAUUAUACUGAACCUUCUUUAUUAUCCAAGAGUAAUAUUCAGCAUGACCGAGCCAACAAUUCAGUAGAUUUUACCCUCACUUUUGUGCUUGACCAUAAUCUUACACCACAUGCGAGGACAUCUGGUGGAGCUGCUUGGUUACCAUUUUGUGUUUCUCUGAGAUUAAGGUACACCUUUGGGGAUACUAGUCAUAUCGCAUACCUUGCAAUGGAUGGCAGCCAUGGUGGUUGGUCUUGCUGGUUGCAACACGAGGAUUGGGAGAGGUGUGAGCAGAGUGUUGUUAAAGCAGUGAAGACGGUGAAUGGAUCGCCAGCAGGUGGAGAGACAAGCCGAGGAAGGCUGCAAAUGGUUGCUGAAAUGGUCCAAAAGCAACUGCAACUGUGCCUAGUGCAUUUAAGAGAUGGCUCGCUUUCUGCUGGCUCAACUCGACCAUGA